GGUAGUGCCACUCUUCGAGAAAGCUGCAUUCCUCUAGCUCCCUCCUGCUUCCUGAUAAAAUGGCGGCUAUCCGCUUCACUUGGCAGCAUUUUGCGGUGAUGGGGGUGUUUUCAACUCUGACCUCGUACUAUGGGUACAGCUUCGGGAGGGAGAUAGCACGCAGGGAGCUAGAAGGUAAGAUCAAAGAGCUUAGAGAACAGGUCAAGGCUUUACAGAAGCCCCCCGGAGCGCCAGGCGCUGGAAGGAUUGUGACCCAGCAGUUGCCUCUGCUGAUGGUGGACGGAUCAGGCCAGCGGUACUAG